CCACAUAGGCAGAGGCAAUCAGUUGCAAUCAGCUCAUCGUUACAGUCGUUCAAGAAACCUCCGAAAAAUUAAAUUAAUAUGUCUCUAAAGUCUGAAUCAGUUAUCGAGAGGGUGCGUGCUCGAUUAGAUAAAAUUGAUCCGGCUAAUCGUCAAGUGACUAAUGUUUAUAAAGUUAAAAUUACCGUUGGUGGAAACGUAACAAAGACAUGGAUUUUGGAUUUGAAAAACGUGAAGUUAUACGAAGGAGACGAUAGUGCUGAAUGUACUCUGAUUUGUGAUGAUCAAGCCUUUUUGGAUAUAGCUGAUAAGAAAAUGGAAGCUAAGGAGGCACGCGAGAAGGGUUUGCUGAGUGUGGAAGGCGAAAUGGACUUGGCAAUGAAAUUGGUGCCAUAUAUUGCUACUAUUUAAACGGAUAUUCCGUACUAACUUUAUUAUACUCAACAUUAGCUCGAAUAAAAAAUGUGAUCUCUU